UUUUUUUAAGUUUUUUUUCUGUGCUACCAUAAUUAAUAUUCAAAUUAACAAAAUGUUCGCUUCAAUCUUCACCGUCGCUUUGGUGCUGGCAGUCGCCACCGCUGAGGACAAGGCACCUUUCAAGAGCUUCCAAGGAGUUGACCCCAAUUCUCUGAGUUGUGAUCCCGCGGGACAUAUCUUUCUUCUUCUGCCACACUUUGUCGACUGCUCGAAGUUCUUCUCGUGUGCUCAUGGCAUAGAAGUUGAGUUCCAGUGUCCAGGAGGAACUAUAUUUGAUUUUGAACAACAGACUUGCAACUGGUCCUGGGCUACCCAGUGUAAGCUCAGGGUGCCCAAAGAUGAUGAGGAAGAAGGCUCAGGAGAUGAGGCUGACGGUCUCAUCGGUGCUUUCGUAGACCCCAUGGAGUUCCAGGCAGUCGACCAGGCAGCCAGCGUGAGACCAGUAUCACCAAUACUGAGCAGAUACAACGGUAUCAUUAACUGCAACAGAGCUGACGCCGCCUCAAAACUUGUGGCUUACGCCGGUGACUGCCAGAGAUACUGGCGUUGUGUAGCCGGAAUCCCUCAGGUCUCCUUCUGCACAGAUGGCCUAUUCUUCAACGAUUUGACCCAACAGUGCGACUUCGAAGCGAACGUCAAAUGUAACGUUGUACAAGAAGACGAAUUGAAGAGCGAGUUCAUUAAAUACCAAUAGUAACGACCAUGGCUUUUUAGGGUUGUUUUUUUGUCGAUGGUUUACGGUUUUCGUAAGUUAGUACCGGUUUUUUUCAAGUUCGAGGGUCGAUGUUAACGUUUUUUUUUUAAAUUACAUACGGUUUUUUUAUUCUUUGAAAGUUUCGAUACAUCUCUAUUAUCUGUCAAAGCUUUUUGUUUUGGUUAUAGUGAGGUCUCCGACUUUGAUUGUAAUAUACUCUUACCGGUGAUGACGAUCAAUAUUAAGAACCUUACCUUUUCUUACUGCAAAGUCACAUAAAUGAUGCUUAUUAAGGGCAAAAUGUCCUCAGCAUCCUAAGAGCCACUGAACUCCAGUUAGAAAAGCAAUAGAAAAACUCUAAUAAUUUACAAUAAAUGCCUUAUUCAUAAAUCAAAUAAUCAGAAAUCUGAAAAAUACUGAAAGAAACUAAUACAUUAUACCUUUUUUAAACCCCAA